ACAGAUUUGAGCUUGCUUUCCCUAGGUUUUGCCUUGUUUGACCUAAAUGGAGAACCAUGCUGGGAGCUGUAGUAAAACGGCAGGAUGGUGGGUCUAUGCAAUAGUUCCCCUGACCUGCAAUGGGCCUAACUUUUAUUCCCUAGAUAGCAUUCAAGGUGAUAAUUGCCCUAUUUCCUCAUGGAAGCAGUACUUUGCAAUUUUGCUUGCUGCUCUGCUUUGUGGAGUUAUCCUCUCCUGGUGGAGCACUGGAGGAUGUGCAUGGGCCGGAAAGAAUAACAAGAGGACGAAGAUUCCAGGGCCCAGAGGAUGGCCCAUAAUCGGAAGUCUAAUGGAGAUGAGUGGCGGCCAUGCCCACCGUAAGCUUGCUCACUUGGCCUAUAUUCACAAGGCCAAAAAGCUGAUGGCCUUCAGCUUGGGCUCAACCCGCGCAGUCAUAACGUCAGACCCAGAAGUCGCCAGGGAGCUCUUGAGCUCCCCUAAUUUUGCCGACAGGCCACUCAAACAAUCUGCCCAACAGCUUAUGUUUGGGAGGGCGAUAGGCUUUGCGCCCAACGGUGACUACUGGAGGAUGCUGCGUAGGAUUUCAUCCGCUCAUCUCUUUAGCCCACGAAGAAUUGCUGUGCACGAAGCCGGGCGUCAGGCGGACUGUCUGAAAAUGCUGUCUGAUAUACGCAAUGAGUUCGUUUGCAAGGGCACCGUCAACCUUCGUCCACAUCUCCAAACGGCGGCUCUCAACAACAUCAUGGGAAGCGUGUUUGGUGUAAAGUUUGAUGGUGAUGGAGACGGCAGGGCGGUGAAGGAGAUGGUUCAGGAGGGGUUUGAACUGUUGGGAGCAUUUAAUUGGAGCGAUCAUCUGCCAUGGCUGAGACUUCUUGACCCCCUGCGGAUCCAGUCCCGUUGCGGUCGUCUCGUACCUCGAGUUAAGGCUUUCGUCCAAAACAUCAUAAACCAGCACCGAGAGUCCGCUCGGUCAAGAGAUAUAGCCGAUUCAGAUUUCGUUGAUGUGCUCCUUUCGCUUCAAGGAAAUGACAAGCUCAACGAUGACGAUAUGAUCGCCGUUCUCUGGGAGAUGAUAUUCCGCGGUACAGACACGAUUGCUUUACUGACAGAGUGGACGAUGGCGGAGUUGGUAUUGAACGAAGAAAUACAACGCAAAGCUAGGGCGGAAUUGGAGGCAGUCGUUGGGCGGGAUAGAAGCGUGCGAGAUGAGGACAUAACAAAGCUUCCGUACCUGCAAGCGGUGGUAAAAGAGACUUUGCGGAUUCAUCCACCAGGACCUUUGCUGUCAUGGGCCCGCCUGUGCACGGAGGAUGUUUAUUUAGCAGGUGGGUUGCACGUUCCGUCCGGGACAACAGCCAUGGUUAACAUGUGGUCCAUCACUCACGACCCGGAGAUCUGGUCGUCGCCUCAUGAAUUCCGGCCGGAGAGAUUUCUUGAAGAGAAAGUAAAUGUUUUGGGUAAUGACUUGAGGCUUGCGCCCUUCGGUGCGGGUCGGCGCGUUUGUCCGGGAAAGGCUCUUGGCCUCGCCACUGUUCAUCUGUGGGUGGCGAAAUUGGUCUACCAUUACAAGUGGAUUCCUUCUCCCCAACAUCCUGCAGAUCUUACCGAGAUUCUCAAGUUGUCCUCCGAAAUGGCCACACCCCUUGUUGCAAUUCCCACCGCCACAAACCCUUAUUAAGAACUGUUUGUUUCCCAUAACCUCAAGCUUAAGUUUCAAUGUUACUCUUUAAUCAUAUUACUCUUCUAUUAGUGUGCUAUUAUAGAAUAUUAUACAGUUAUUUUGCUUUAAAAUGAUCCUCUGCUGUAAAUUGGAGAGAUGUAUAUAAGUUCGCCUAGCUAUGGAUUGUUCUAGACGUAGUUUACCUAGGUGUUACUUUAUCCCUAUACGUUCAAUGUUGCUAUUGACAAAAGUCUGUAAGAUUGGUGCCGUUUGAUACGUAUAAAACAAGCUUGAAAGUGAUUAUUAUA